CCCUAAUCCAAACCGCCCGUGCACGUUGGCUCCAACUGAACGGAGCGAGUAGCCCCCAAAACUACUCGCCGGCGCGGGCGCGGAGGCGGAGGCGGAGGCGACUGCGAGCUCGGCGGAGGCGAUGGACGGGGAGGAGGAAAGGGAGGAAGGGGAGGUGGGGGAGUACAAGCUGCAGAGGGUGGUGGGGAAGGGCUCGUUCGCCGAGGUGCACCGCGCGGCGCACCGCCGCACAGGCGCGCGCGUGGCGGUCAAGGCGAUCGACCGCCGCCGCGUCGACAAGCGCGUCCACGACGGCAUCCUGCAGGAGAGGGAGAUCCUCAGGAGCAUCGACCACCCCAACAUCCUCCGCCUCCUCGACACCAUCGACACGAAGAAGAUGAUGUACCUGGUGCUGGAGUACUGCGACGGAGGCGACCUCGAUGCGUUUCUGCACAAGCACGGCCGGCUGCCGGAGGCCAUAGCCAAGGACUUGAUGCGGCAGCUUGCGGAAGGGCUGAAGGUGCUGAGGGGGAGGAACAUCGUGCACCGGGACCUCAAACCACAGAACCUUCUCCUAUCAACCAAUGGUGAUGCCAUCGUAUUGAAAAUUGGUGACUUCGGGUUUGCCAGGUCACUGGUGCAUGAAAAUUUAGCUGCCACAAUGUGUGGGUCUCCAUAUUAUAUGGCACCAGAAAUUUGGCAAGGGAAAGACUAUGAUGCAAAGUCGGACUUGUGGAGUGUUGGCGUCAUUCUUUUUCAGCUAGUCACAGGGAAGCUGCCAUUCACCGGGAGUAAUGCUUUUCAGCUGCACCAAAAUAUCCUGGCUGCCGAUGAUCUUAACUUCCCUUCAGAAAUUGAAGCUGAUUUAUGUGCUGAUUGCAUUGAUUUGUGCAGAAGACUCCUGCAACGUGAUCCAAAGGAGAGAAUAAGUUUUGAAGAAUUCUUCAAUCACAAGUUUUUGGCAACAAGGAAAUGCGAUGAAUCCUGUCAGGCUAUAGAGUUAAGGAAUAACUGCCAGACAAUCACCUCUCCUGUUGUCCUAAAAACAAAGUCUGAAAGCAUUGAAUCAAAAAAUUCGAAAGUUUUUGAUUCAUGGGAAUGGAUUGAACGAGAAUAUGUGCUUGUUCCGGUAAACUGUACUUCUAUGGAAAUGUCUUCACUCAACAUCAACAAGUCCACAAAGGAUGAUACAGAUAUAAGAACUGCCAGCUAUGAUAGGCCCGCUGCCAAAGGGUCUGCUCAAAAUCAAAUCAGAGACUUAACUGAUACAGCUACUGGUAUACAAAGCCAUGGAUGUGCUCCUGUGCUCAUUUCCCAGGAGUCAGCCACUGUGGACUGUAGACGAGGGAAGCUACCUGAUUAUAUUACAAGGUUUCAUUCUCUGAAUCAAUAUGUGCUUGUUCUUACGGAACUUGCUCGGGAAAAGCUUUCUAAAGGCCUGUACUUGGAGGCGCUAUCAAUUGAACUUGUAUUAUUAGCUAUCUGGAAAGAGGCACUUGAUGCAUGUAGCUUACUCAUGGAUGCAUCAGAUGGUGAAAAUUUCUCUAAAUCUUCUCAAGAACAUUCCCUUCCUAUGAGUGGCCACUCACCUCUGAAUGUAGUGCGAGGGUUGGAUUUCACUAGGACGGCUUCUGUUUUUUCCUGGGUUGAAAGUGGGUUCAUGAAGGCAUAUGAUCGUGCAGAGAAGAUAUCGCAUGUAUUGCGGAAGAGUGACGAUAAUACCGAGAUGCCAGAUGCAAUGGAUGUCGUAUUCCAAACUGCUUUGGAAUAUGGGAAGACUGGAGCUGCAAAUGAAGUUUUGGGACACCAAAGCAGAUCCACAGCGCUAUACUCAAAGUCUAUCAUCUUGCUCACAUUUUUAGUACAGGAAGCACCUAUGUUGCCACUAAAUCCACCGCUUUCCCUUUCGCCGUCAGAUCAGCAACGCAUCCAUAGGUACAUAGCUAACUUGAAGAGCCAUCUCUGCUGUGCUCAGGUUGCAGGGCAACAGCAGAGAUCAGUUUAUAACUGAACAUGGUUGCUCAAGGAUUGAAAAGAUUAAUUUAUCUGCAUCUGGUGAGGUUUUCUUGUGCUCUGGUGCAGCGUUAGUCCAGCAUUUUAUUUUUUUUUGGGUUCUAUAAGGAGGUGGGGUGUUCAAUUCUUUGGUGUCAUGAACCUUUGUAAAAUUGUAGUUGCCGAACACCAUGAUCCUUCCCCCUCUUUUGUAUAUAGAUAACACCUACAAGCUCUAUAUGGUCGUCCCUUACCAUGCAUAUGUUGCAAUGACUCUGAACUUGUAUAUAUUUGUGACUUUGUAAGUGCCUUGUGCAAACCUGUAAAUAGAAACUGGUUCGAACCUUCUCUGGACUGCAUACUAUCAUUUCUAGUACCAAAUUUUGAA